AUGCCAAUAUCUUUCUACAGGCCCACUAUAACCAUAUCUACAUCUGCCGAGGAAGAAGGAAUCCUUUUUCCCAUUGUUGGUGAGGCAUUCACAUUAUCAGAUUUAAGGACUGCUUUUCCUAAAGCAACGUCUUUACGAUAUAAAGACGAAACAGUACAACUGUUUCAACAUGUCUUAUGUAGAGAGAGCACAUUCAUCAAACCAGAUGGAGGAUGGUUCAAAGAAAACAGACAGUACAUUGUUGUACAAGACACAAUUGCUGAGUCAGCUAAUGCAAAGUUUGAAACCUUUGAACAAUACAGAAAACAACUUGCUUCAUCCUCUUCUGGUUUCUCAAACUCUAGACGUCGAACAGUAGAGACAUCGUCUGUAAAUAUAACUGUUGGACAUGGUCACUUUGAAAAAAGAACUUUCAAAAAAUAUUGGGGAAGCAGUCCUGUAGGAGGUACCGUAUCAGUUGGUCCAUUCACGAGUGAUACAGACACUAGAUUAGAUAUAAAAAUUAAAGCUGUCGAGAAAUUUUGUGACGUUAACAGAGCAUUUAAAGAAAAAUUCAAACACAGAAAGUUUGUGCUGCUCUAUAAAGAUGGAUCAGAGGUUGAAAGAGAACUUCCAAACGGUGAAAAGUUCUCCCUAAAAACUUACAGAGACUUUCUCAACCCUCAGAUGAGGUUUGAUAGAAUGAGGUUUUAUCUCUGUGAAAGAGAUAACUUUUUGCUGAAUACAACUUCAAUAGAGAUAGACAGCGACUCUGAUUUCGAGUUGAUGGACCCUAAGCUGGACGAUACAGUCCCACUUGUUAUCAAUAUAACAUUUUUAGUCGCAACUGAGGAAGUGAUUGCCUCGUUUCCCAAUAACACUUCAGUUAUUGGUUUGAAGACCUUUCUAAAAGACCACAGUAAUUUACUGAACAUACAGCUGAUAUACAAUGAUAGAAUUAUAAAUGAUGAUGAAAAGUUGCAAGAUCUAUCAGUGGAAAACAAUGACAAUGAGAUCACAAUAACUGUCAGAAUUAUUGAAAGUACAACUGAGAUAUCAAAACCAAUUGCUUCUCAUUUCCAUGAUGAAUCCACUCCUGAUGCCAUUUUGAGAGUAGCCCUGAAAGAAUUGGAAGGUGUUCAAGAACCUACAACUAUAUUAAAAACCUACAGCCGACAUUUCCUUAUGGGUCGUCAACUUGAUAUAACUGAUGAAUCACAAGAGAGUUUAGGUAAAACUUCGGAGGUGUUUGUUGGUCGAUCGUCUCUCUUCAAAGAUGCGUUGUCAGAGAUGAUCCAGUUAGACAACAUAAGAUAUCCAAUUAAAGUGGGAUUCUAUAACGAAGAGGUUGAAGAUUUAGGGGGACCGAGAAGGGAACUAUUUGCAAAUUUAAUGAGAGAAAUACAACAGAUGAUGAUCAACGAAGACACUAAAGAAAUAGUAAAAAAAUCAAAUUACAUAGCAGAAAAAUACUACUAUGCUGCUGGAUUAGCUAUUGGUCUCAGCGUUUUAGAGGGUGGAGAGUGUCCCAAAUACCUGAAUAUAAUGCUUGCGGAAAAGGAGGCUGAGGAAUACCAGCAGUUCCGAAGGGGUCUCUCUAAAACUGGCAUUUUACAGCUUUUGAAGGAGAAACCAACACUCGGGUAUCUGUUUCAACAGAAUUCGGGGAGACUAACAGUUGGGAAAUUAAUACACAUUUUGAAACCAGAAUUUGCUGAAGCAGGGACAAACAAAAGAACAGCCGAAGAACGACUGUACAGUUCAUUUGUUAAAUACAUUAGAAAAUCAGCAGCAGGACAACGUGGUCAAGUUACCCUAGAAAAGAUUCUUCAGUUUUCUACUGGAUCUCCAGAGGAACCGGUCUUAGGAUUUUCUAUUGCACCUAGGGUUAAUUUUGCAGCAAUCAAUGGAGAUUUUCCUACCGCCUCCACAUGUAUUAACCAGUUAACACUACCAGUAACACUUAAGAAUGAAGAUGAACUUUUUGAGAAGUUUGAUAUGGCAUUUAUGAACAAUUAUUUUGGACUAAGAUAGAUAUCGCUUUUGGUAAAUGUAGAAAUGUUCUUUAAGCUGAACGCACACCUAUGCGUAAUUGAUUCAC